AUGAUACUGCAACGUUUUUUAUUACUGUCAUCAUUGUUGCUUUAUUAUGCACUAUUGUCAACUGCUGAUGUCGCUACUCCAAGAGCUUAUCUUGGUUGUUCUUUAGUUUUGAAUCAAAUUUAUUGUUAUGGUGGCUAUGUACCUGAUAGUGGUAGCAAUGGAACUCAAUACAAUACACUCUCAUCCAAUUUUUAUUCUCUCGAUAUGAGCAGUUUUGAUUUUAAUGGCAAUGUAUCAACAGCACAGAACAAUUGGACAACCAUCACCAAUACUGUGGGUGCUAAUCUUUUAAUCCCUUUGGGAUUCCACUCUACUGCAGGUAUUUCUGGCCAAUCAAAGUUCCUUAUGUAUGGCGGCGUGAGUAAUACUGCCAUGAACAAUCCUAUUGUGAUGUAUGAUCCACCCAGUCGCACUUGGUCAUCCGUACCUAUCUGGGGUAACUACUCAGAUCAAACUGCGAUUGUAGAUUUAAGCCAAACUCAAAGCCUGUGGACUUGGGGUGGUAAUGUAAACUCAAGCACUACAGUUGCACCUAAUAUCGCUUACAUUUUCAACUAUGGUAUUUCUCAAUGGACAAAUGUUCCUGGUGAUACUCAAAAUACAAAUGUGCGUUACUCAUAUACAGCUACACUUGGAAAUAAUAACCGUAUUUAUAUGAUUGGUGGUUUUGAAGAUCAACCAGGUGCCAUUUACGCUACCCCCGCCACCAACAUGUUACAAGUGAGAUGGUAUGAUACUGUCAGUAAGAAUUGGGGAACAGAUCAAGCUACGAUUGUUAAUAGUAACCUCGCAACAGUAUCACAACGUGCCUAUCAUACAACCACCCAAAUUCCUGGAUCUAACAAAUUUUUGGUUUAUGGUGGAAGCGUUUUCAUUGGAUCACAAAAUACUAUUCCUAAUGAUUAUGCCUAUACCUACGAUUAUGUUGCAAAACAAUAUUCUCUACUGAACCUUGGCACUGGUGGUGCUGGAAGACGAUCUGGUCAUCAAGCUGUUGCGUACAAAUCAUAUAUUUUUAUUCUAUUCGGAUUUGAUGAUCUGUUACUACUUCGUAACGAUAUUAAUGUCCUUGAUGUAUCCAAUGCCACCAAUCCGGUGUGGGUGACACCCAAUAGAAAUUCAACCAAUCCAACUGGAUCAUCCAAUCCAACUUCAUCCAACACUGAAAGUGCCUCUAGUAGGAUUUCUCAAGGAACUACAGCAGGAAUUGCCGUAGCAGCUGCGAUUGUUGGUAUUGCCAUUUUUGCUGGAAUAUUAUUCCUUGUAUACCGAAGAAAACAAAAGCAAAGACAAUUUGAAUUAGAGGAUUUGGAUCCUAGAGCUCAUCAAAGAGAAACAUGGGCGGAUGAUUUACCAACACACUAUCAAGAUGGAAAUCAAGACAAUAUGCCGCAGAAAGCAUCCUACGCUGAAGAUACCCUUACUUCGCAGUCUGAAGAUUAUACUCGAGUAGGAUACGUCAAGCCUACUUCUAAUGAUAAAUCAGAAUCCACUAAACCAUAUGCAAAUGAAUAG